CGCCGCCGCCGUCGCCGCCGCCCGGGCCGGCUCCGCGCCCCCUGGCCCCCCCCAGCCCCAGCCCCCCCUGCCCCCAUGGAGCCUGGGCUCCCCCGGAACCGGGGCCACUAGGACCCUCGGGCUCACAACCCCAGCCCCGGCCCCCAGUCCCCCCCAGCCCGGGGCCGGUUCCCGGAGCUGGGGGGCCGUCCUUGCCGGGACCCCGGCGUCCGGGGCCCCCCAGCCUUUGUGUGGGAGGGAGCGGCCGGCGGUCCGGGGGGCAGGGCUAGGGCCGGGACCGGGGGGGGCUUCCCCCCCGGGCCCUGCAGGAGAAGAUGUCUUCGCGGACGGCGUUGGCCCCGGGCAACGACCGGAAUCCUGACUCGCACGGCACCCUGAGCGGCGGCAGGUCCUCGGACAAGGGCCCCUCCUGGUCCAGCCGCUCCCUGGGCGCCCGCUGCCGGAACUCCAUCGCCUCGUGCCCGGAGGAGCAGCCCCAUGUCGGCAACUACCGGCUCCUCCGCACCAUCGGGAAGGGCAAUUUCGCCAAGGUCAAGCUGGCCCGGCACAUCCUUACUGGGCGAGAGGUCGCCAUCAAGAUUAUUGACAAAACCCAGCUCAAUCCCAGCAGCCUACAGAAGCUCUUCCGAGAAGUCCGAAUCAUGAAAGGCCUAAAUCACCCCAACAUUGUGAAAUUGUUCGAAGUCAUUGAGACGGAGAAAACCCUCUACCUGGUCAUGGAGUAUGCCAGUGCUGGGGAGGUCUUUGACUACCUCGUGUCCCACGGCCGCAUGAAGGAGAAAGAGGCGAGAGCCAAGUUUCGGCAGAUCGUCUCCGCCGUACAUUACUGUCACCAGAAGAACAUCGUGCAUCGGGAUCUGAAGGCUGAGAACCUGCUUCUGGACGCAGAGGCCAACAUCAAAAUCGCCGACUUCGGCUUCAGUAACGAGUUUACGCUGGGCUCCAAGUUGGACACCUUCUGCGGAAGCCCCCCAUACGCAGCCCCGGAGCUCUUCCAGGGCAAGAAGUAUGAUGGACCCGAGGUGGACAUCUGGAGCCUGGGGGUCAUUCUCUACACACUGGUCAGCGGCUCCCUGCCCUUCGAUGGCCAUAACCUUAAGGAGCUCCGGGAGCGGGUCUUGAGGGGCAAGUACCGGGUCCCCUUCUAUAUGUCCACAGACUGUGAAAGUAUCCUUCGCAGGUUUCUGGUACUGAACCCGGCCAAGCGGUGUACCCUUGAGCAAAUCAUGAAGGACAAAUGGAUCAACAUCGGCUAUGAGGGAGAAGAGCUAAAGCCCUACACGGAGCCUGAGGAGGACUUUGGAGACCCCAAACGCAUUGAGGUGAUGGUGAGCAUGGGCUACACUCGGGAAGAGAUCAAAGAGGCCUUGACGAGCCAGAAAUACAAUGAGGUCACAGCCACCUACCUCCUGCUGGGCAGGAAGAAUGAGGAGGGUGGGGAUAGGGGCGCCCCUGGGCUGGCCCUGGCUCGAGUUCGAGCACCUAGUGAGGCAGCCAAUGGCCCCAGCAAAAGCUCCAGCUCCAGCCAGAACAAAAGUCAGAGGAGUUCUUCAUCUACCUAUCACCGGCAGCGCCGGCACAGCGAUUUCUGUGGCCCAUCCCCAGCACCCCUGCACCCCAAACGUAGCCCCACAAGUACGGGAGAGACCGAGCUGAAGGAGGAGCGGCUACCGGGCCGCAAGACCAGCUGUAGCACGGCUGGGGGUGGGAGCCGAGGCCUGCCCCCAGCUAGCCCCAUGGUCAGCAGUGCCCACAAUCCCAACAAAGCGGAGAUCCCCGAGAGACGCAAAGACAGUUCAGGCACACCUAAUAACCUCCCCCCUAGUGUGAUGACCCGUCGGAACACUUAUGUGUGUACAGAGCGUCCAGGCGCCGAGCGCCCCUCCCUGCUGCCCAAUGGAAAGGAGAACAGCUCGGGCACUCCUCGGGUUCCCCCAGCCUCGCCCUCGAGCCACAGUCUGGCACCCCCAGGGGGUGAGCGAAGCCGUCUGGCUCGGGGCUCCACUAUCCGCAGUACCUUCCACGGCGGGCAGGUGCGGGACCGGCGGGCAGGGGGUGGGAGCGGGGUCCAGAAUGGGCCUCCCGCCUCCCCUACCCUGGCCCACGAGGCCUCACCUCUGCCCACCGGGCGACCUAGACCCACCGCCAACCUCUUCAGCAAACUCACCUCCAAACUGACCCGCAGGGUCACCCUCGACCCCUCUAAACGGCAGAACUCUAACCGCUGUGUGUCUGGGGCCUCUCUGCCCCAGGGAUCCAAGAUCAGGUCGCAGACCAACCUGAGAGAAUCGGGGGACCUGAGGUCACAGGUUGCCAUCUACCUUGGGAUCAAGAGGAAGCCACCCCCCGGCUGCUCCGAUUCCCCUGGAGUGUGAAGUUGACUAGCUCCCGCCCACCGGAGGCCCUGAUGGCAGCCCUUCGCCAGGCCACUGCGGCCGCCCGAUGCCGCUGCCGCCAGCCCCAGCCCUUCCUGCUGGCCUGCCUGCACGGUGGGGCCGGCGGGCCCGAGCCCCUGUCCCACUUCGAGGUGGAGGUGUGUCAGUUGCCCCGGCCAGGCCUCCGGGGCGUCCUCUUCCGACGGGUGGCGGGCACUGCCCUGGCCUUCCGCACGCUGGUCACCCGCAUCUCCAAUGACCUGGAGCUCUGAGACUGACCGUGCCCUGCUAUAUCAGAGACUUUGAAGGGGCCGGGGGAAGGGGAGCCCCCCAGUGCCCCGCUGAAGAGCUCGGCUCCCCCUGGUCCUUCUUCCACUCCACUGACGACACUAUGCUGGGAUUGGGGCGGGGGGAGGAAUGUCGGAGGGGGUGGCCACCAUAGUUAUUCUAGUCUUUUAGAGCAAGAAUCAUCCUUAGAGACCAUCAAGUUCAAUCUUUCCCAUUUUACAGAGGGGGAAACUGAGUUUCAGGGAGGGGAAGGGACUUGCACAAGGUCAGAUAGUUGGGGGGCAUUAGAACCCAGCUUUCCUGCCUCCCUGUUCAUUCUCCCACACCAAAGCCUGGACCCACUCCUACCCCACCUGGCCCUAGAAUGAGGCAUGGAAGCAAGAGGUGGGGGCCGGCCGGACAGGUCCUUGGUGUAAGUCAGGCACCUGGCUGGCACAGUGGCCUGGGAGGCAGGAGCCCUAGGUUUUCCCUCUUGAUUCUUACUCUCUUGACCUUGGUCAAGUAAUCGAGGCCUCGGUUUCCCUCAUCUGACAAAGGAGAGAGUUAGACUAGCUUGGUCUCCAGGGUAUCUCCUAGCUCCGGCCCCAGUUUUUUUGGGGGGGAGGCAAUUGGAGGGAACCUUGUAGAACCUAGAUUCCCCACUCUUUCCAGGAUGACUUGCCAGAGACUUUGCUGGAAAGCUGGGGGGAUGGGGUGGGGAAGGGGUUAAAGGGGGUUAAAGGGGGGACAGGGUUCCUGUCUGCCCCCUGAUUCACCAAGAGGAUGUAUCAUGCACGAGACUGAACUUUGGGCUGGGUGGCAAAUUGGCCGUGAAGGCCAGGUACAGGGUUCCAGGAGGAGCUUGGAUAUAGGGGAUGGACGCCCCCCCCCCCCAGCCUGAGGGUUUUCCUUUCCCUUUCUUUCCUUCUAAAACCACCUCAGGUGCCCAAAACUGAUUUGGAUUGGACUCUCUAUGGGGCGAAGUUCUCAAAUUCUCCCCCUUCCGUUACCUGGGGUGAGAAGUUUGGGGGGAGGGGAGCUGGGAGGACUGGGGCCCCCCUCUCCUUCUGUCCUCCCUCCCCCUGCUUCCACCCCCCAAUCAGACCCCUUCCCUUGCCCUCUUUUCCCUGGCACUUUGUAUAAAUCCUUGUAAAUAGGUCCUCCCUCCUGCCUCCCAACCUCUCCUUGCCCUGUCCGCCAAGGGAACUGCCUCCAGUUUUUAAGUUAUUAUGCCCCUGGUUCCCCCAGCCCAGCCCUGGCCCCUGCCGCCUGUUACCAAUAAAAUUAGGAGAUUCCCCCUG